GUGGAGGCCCGGAGCUGGGUGGAGGGCGCUGAACCGUGGGAAUCCCGUGCAGCCGAACUGGGGACGCUGGAGGCCGGCCAGCAGUGGACUUGACCCCGGAGGCUCCAGUCUCGCGUCCCGCUGCUUUUAGGGUAGUCAGUCCUGCAGCCAGAGGCCUAGCCCUGCCACGACUUUUGUCCCGAGACAUCCAGAGGACUUUCGGAUCCUGUCUGGUUGCUGGCUGGGCCUCAGCCUACCCACCUGCGCAAUGAGAGCCCUUUUAAAGUUGUCUCACUAUUUCGAGCUGACUUAAAUUCUCUUCUUUGUCACAUUUCUUUACGCGCCCCGCCCCCACACCCCUCCUCACCUCUGUUUUGUUUGGCUGCAUUCUGAAUGAACCCUGGACCUCACGGAUUGAAAGACACAGCUAAGCAGUCCGCUCUGUCUGGAGACAAACCUGCAGUCUCUGACUCCUGGCAGAGAACUGGCUGUUGGGUAUUUGGCACUAAUAACUCCAGGGAGAACUUGCAGCUCAGAGCCAUGUAGGAACGGACUGUCUUCUGUCCCACCCUUCCCAGGCUCAACAUAAUCCAACUUUUUAAAGAAUAUAAACAUGGAUCUUGCGCUGAAAGACAUUUCCAAAGUGCCUUGGGACAGCCUACCCCUCCAACCUACACAGCCUAGAAAAGGGCCAGUGUUAGCCUGUGGAGGGCUGGCCUGAUCCAGCUCAGUAUCUCCUUUGAUUCUGGGAUCUGCACUGAACUUGAUCUCCAUGGCACACCGGCUGCAGAUGCGUCUACUGACGUGGGAUGUGAAGGAUACCCUGAUCAAGCUCCGCCGCCCUGUUGGGGAAGAAUAUGCCAGCAAGGCCCGGGCCCAUGGAGUGGUGGUGGAAGACACAGCCGUGGAACAAGCCUUCAGGCAGGCAUACAGGGCUCAGAGCCACAACUUUCCCAACUAUGGCCUGAGACAUGGCCUUACUUCCCGUCAAUGGUGGAAGGACGUGGUCCUACACACCUUCCGCCUAGCAGGGGUCCCAGAUGCCCAGGCCAUGACUCCAGUUGCUGACCAGCUAUACAAAGACUUCAGCAGCCCUUUCACCUGGCAGGUGUUGGAGGGGGCUGAGACGACCCUGAAGGGGUGCCGUAAGCGGGGUCUGAAGCUGGCAGUGGUCUCCAACUUUGACCGACGACUAGAGGAUAUUCUAACAGGCCUUGGCCUGCGAGAACAUUUUGAUUUUGUUUUGACAUCUGAGGCUGUGGGCUGUCCUAAACCGGACCCACGGAUUUUCCAUGAGGCUUUGCAGCGCGCUUGUGUAGAACCUGCAGUGGCGGCUCACGUGGGGGAUAGUUAUGUCUGUGAUUACCAGGGGUCUCAGGCUGUGGGCAUGCACAGCUUCCUGGUGGUAGGCUCAGAGCCUCUGGACUCCUCAGUCAGAGAUUCUGUACCUAAAGAACAUGUUCUACCCUCCCUCUCCCACCUCCUGCCUGCCCUUGACCUUCUGGAGGCCUCAAGCCCUAUUUCAUGAGUCUGAUGAGGGAAGUAGCUGGGACCAAAUAAACACUGGAGGCAGAGAGUCCCUUCUUUCUCCUCUCCUGCAGAGGGAGGUGUCUUGGCUCUCCCGCUGCAGCCUCCACAAUCUAAUCUGAUCAUAGAACUGUGAGGGCUUGGCAGUAGCCUGGUCUCUGAGCUCACUAAGUACUCAUACCUGUGUUCCUUGUUAUGUAUUAUUAUUAUGUGGUGGGUAUGUGUGUGUGAACGUGUGGGAUGUGUAUCAUGGUGUGUGUGUGGCGAUCAGAAGGUGAUUUGUAGACUCUGGUCUCUCAUUUUUACGUGGGUUCUGUGGAUCAAACUUAGAUCACAAGAGUUUGUGCCAUGAGUGGUAUUACCUGCGCAGCUAUCUCGACAGCCCCCUCUAUCCCUUUUCUACCCUGCCCCCCCCCCCAUUCCCUAUCCACCGAGGGCCCAUCCAUUCACAACCAGGUACUUU